ACAUUUGAGCCCACGAAAAACAAGUUUUUUUAUCGUCCCAACAGCUAUAAAGAAGCAGUUUAAAAUUUGAAGGAAAGCACUCUCUAUGUGUAGCGGGACUUAUUGCUGAUCAUUUUUAGAACAUUUUUGAACUGUUAUGAGACGAGAAUGAAUAAUUCGGAGGACAGCGGAAGCAAGUGCUCGCCUGCCCCCAUUUCAAGUUUCACGAUCCAGUCUAUUCUGGGCACCUCAAACGACGGAGUCCGGUCGGCUGGAAAGGACAGUCCCAAAUCCCAGCCAAGGAAGCGGACGUUGUCCGUGUCGUCGGAGGAUGACUGCAGCGCAGGAGAGGACUCGGGUGACUGCUACUGCUCUGAGCCUGGUGUACCAGAGUCCUGCAACCCGCACCAGCCUCUGAACUUCUGUCUCGGUGCCACAAAGGGACUUCUACCUGUGCAAGAUGGGAUCGACCGCCGGCCGCAUUUGACACCAUCCAUACUACCGGAUUACAAAGAGGAGCAGGGGCGAGCGUGUAGCCAAAUGUCUCCCGUUUCUGAAGACAGACAACGCGACGGGCCGGACAAACAGAACAACUCCGCGAAGAAGAAAACGCGCACCGUUUUCUCUCGGAGUCAGGUUUAUCAACUCGAGUCCACAUUCGAUAUGAAACGCUAUUUGAGCAGCUCCGAGAGAGCCUGUCUCGCCUCCAGCCUGCAGUUAACGGAGACACAAGUGAAAACGUGGUUUCAGAACCGGCGAAACAAAUGGAAGCGGCAGCUCUCUGCAGAACUUGAAGCUGCGAACAUGGCGCACGCAUCGGCGCAGACUUUGGUUGGGAUGCCCCUCGUUUUCAGAGAAAAUUCGUUGCUCCGGGUGCCGGUUCCGAGGUCCAUCGCUUUUCCUACCCCACUGUAUUAUCCUGGAAGUAAUUUACCAGCUUUACCACUAUACAAUCUUUACAACAAUUGAAUAUUA